CACAUCCUGCCACUUCACCGCUAAUUUAUGCGGUUUUCUCUGUUUAAAAACAACAUUUUAAAGUUAGCCAAAAGUGAUAUAUAAUACUUAGUCCUUUAGUUUUAGCGGUGUUUAACGUACAGACGGUGAGGUGACGUUAGCACACGGUCGGUGUUCACUGUUUGCAAACCGCGGUGACAGUUUCAUCAGCAGCUCAGUCAGUCAGGGGAGGAGUCGUGCCCUGCAGAGUCCACCUCUGUUCAAGUAUUUGGGUGAUAAAUGGAGGAAUAACCGGUUAGAGAAGAUGAAAAAAACUCAGUAGAAGACGUUUCACGGGACAGGUGCUUCCACAGGACAAACUGUGCUGGGACUGCAGGAGGUUAAGCAUUAAAGUGACCAUGCUGCUGCACAGGCUGACCCUGUGUUCAAGGAUCCCACUGGAUCACCAGAGACACGUAUGCCGGCUGCUCACCAGACCUCUGACACAAGUUCCCCAUGGGAGGGACCACGGCAGCUCCUUCGCACACCGCGGUGAACUGCGUCAGGCCAAGAGGAUCGUAGUCAAGCUCGGCAGUGCUGUGGUCACCCGUGGAGAUGAGUGCGGUCUGGCUCUGGGGAGGCUGGCCUCCAUUGUGGAGCAGGUGGCCAUGCUGCAGAAUCAGGGCCGGGAGAUGAUGAUCGUCACCAGUGGAGCGGUGGCUUUUGGCAAGCAGAGAUUAAGACAUGAGAUCCUGCUGUCCCAGAGUGUCCGACAGGCGCUGCACUCAGGACACAAUCAGCUCAAAGACAUGUCUCUGCCGGUGCUGGAGGCCCGGGCCUGUGCUGCAGCCGGACAGAGCGGCCUGAUGGCCCUGUAUGAGGCCAUGUUCACCCAAUACAGCACUUGCACUGCACAGGUCCUGGUGACAAAUCUGGAUUUCCAUGAUGACCAAAAGAGACAGAACCUGAACAGCACGCUGCAGGAGCUGCUCCGCAUGAACAUUGUGCCCAUCAUCAACACCAAUGACGCCGUGGUGCCCCCGCCGGAGCCCAACAGCGACCUGCAGGGGGUGAUCAGCAUUAAGGACAAUGACAGUCUGGCGGCGCGGCUAGCCGUGGAGAUGAAGGCUGACCUCCUCAUCGCACUGUCUGACGUGGAAGGACUGUACAACAGCCCCCCAGGAACAGAUGACGCCAAGCUCAUUGACAUCUUCUACCCUGGAGACCAGCAGUCCAUCACCUAUGGCACAAAGUCCAGAGUGGGGAUUGGAGGCAUGGAGGCCAAGGUAAAGGCUGCCCUCUGGGCGCUACAGGGUGGCACCUCAGUGGUCAUUGCAAACGGCACCCACCCCAAAGUAACAGGUCAUGUCAUCACUGAUAUCGUGGAGGGCAAAAAGGUGGGGACCUUCUUCUCUGAGAUCAAACCUGCUGGCCCAACUGUGGAGCAUCAGACAGAAAUGGCUCGCACCUCUGGAAGAACCCUGGCCUCCCUGCACCCAGACCAGAGGAGUGAGAUCAUCUGCCAUCUAGCAGAGCUGCUGACUGAAAAGAAGGACGAGAUUCUGGCUGCCAACAAGAUGGACAUGGACCUGGCUGUAAAUGCAGGCCAUUUGCCACCAGCCAUGUUGAAACGUCUGAGCUUGUCACCUGCCAAACUCAACAGCUUGGCCGUAGGUUUGCGCCAGAUAGCCGUGGCCGCCCAGGACAGUGUGGGUCGUGUGCUGCGCAGGACCAGGGUGGCUCACAACCUGGAGCUGGAGCAGAUCACUGUGCCCAUCGGAGUUCUGCUGGUCAUCUUUGAGGCCCGGCCUGACUGCCUGCCGCAGGUGGCAGCACUGGCCAUAGCCAGUGGCAACGCCCUCCUGCUGAAGGGAGGCAAAGAGGCAGCCAACACCAACCGUGUCCUCCACCAGCUCACCCAGGAAGCCCUCUCCAUGCAUGGUGUCAGCGAGGCUGUGCAGCUGGUGAGCACUCGUGAGGAGGUGGAGGAUCUGUGCCGUCUGGACAAGAUGAUCGACUUGAUUAUCCCCCGAGGUUCGUCUCAGCUGGUGAGGAACAUUCAGCGGGCGGCCAAGGGCAUCCCGGUGCUGGGUCACAGCGAGGGUAUCUGCCACGUCUACGUCGAUGCAGAAGCCAGCGUUGACAAAGUCAUCAAAAUUGUCAGAGACUCCAAGUGCGACUACCCUGCUGCGUGUAAUGCCAUGGAAAGUCUACUGAUUCACAGGGACAUCCUCAGGACUCCACUGUUUGACCAGAUCAUUGACAUGCUGCGCACCGAACGGGUGAAGAUUCACGCAGGCCCUCGAUUCGCCUCCUACCUGACAUUCAGCCCAUCAGAGGCCAAGUCCCUGCGGGUAGAGUACGGUGACCUUGAGUGCUGCAUGGAGGUGGUGGACAGCAUGCAGGAGGCUGUGGACCAUAUUCACAAGUAUGGCAGCUCCCACACAGACGUUAUCAUCACAGAAAACGAGGAGACAGCGGAGCAGUUCCUGCAUCAGCUGGACAGCGCUUGCGUUUUCUGGAAUGCAAGCUCCCGUUUUGCUGAUGGCUACCGCUUUGGGCUGGGAGCAGAGGUAGGUAUAAGCACAGCUCGUAUCCAUGCCCGAGGCCCUGUUGGCCUGGAGGGGCUGCUCACCACCAAGUGGGUCCUGAGAGGCGACGGGCACACAGCAGCCGACUUCUCUGAGCAGGGUACCAUGAAGUACCUCCAUGAAAACCUGCCUGUCGGGCAGCCUCUCGCUGGGCAAAGGGACAGCAACUAGACCAGAGACUUUGACAACACUCACAUGGCCUUAACGUUGGUCAGUAUGGUUUACACUGCCAGCCAGCAGCUCCCCCUGGGGCCUUGUUGCAGAUAAUGGCUGAUGUCAUUGUUUUAAAGCUCUGAAGCACACAGCAUGGAGAGAGAAGCUCAGCACACCUUUUUAUCCUUUUUAUCAGCACAUUCAGAAAGUUGUCCCUGUUCAGACUUCAGACUGGUACUAAGACUUUACAGUGUUAGAAAUUCUACCUCAGCUUAUAAUUCUUUUAUAUGAGAUGGGUAAAGUCAGCCUCAUACAAGGCUGUUAAAUGAAGGCUGGGACAUGGUUUUUGACCCCAUGGGAGCUAUGUGGUACGAUACUUAUGUUGUGUAACUGGAGCUGAGAUGCUGGAGAGAUAUAGCAGGCAUCGCUAGAAAUGAAGUGAAGGUCUCCAAUCAGGUAGUUUAGCCUCUUGGGUGCGCUUGGCCUGACAGACUUUUCCGGUACACUUGAAUGGAUAGCAUUUGAUUUACAGAAUUUUAAUUCUCCAUCUUUUUUUAAAAAAUACAUUCCUACCUACGGCUGACUACAGACGCCUCAGUGAAACAAUGAGUCAUUCCUAAAAUAGAGCACCAACUAUUCCGCCUUUUAGCAAGUGCAGACCAGAGGUGGUGUUCAAACAUUCUGACAAUCCUCUCAGAGAGCUCUUAACUCAACCUAAACAUUUUGAGUAAGGAGUCCUAGCUUAGGAGUGAUUUAGGAAGGUUCUCAGAACAACUCUGAGCAAGGAAGGGAUAGAGACUUUUACCUUAGUGAAGAGGUGUGGUUGACCCGUUGCUAGGUAUGACACUUUUUUAACAGGUGUGAUUGGCUGUCACAGACACCCUUUUUUGGGCCUGCAGGGUGUGGACACCCAGUGGAAAUUAAAUGAACUGCUGACUUUGUGUUGUCAUUGUUAGUGUGUUCAAUCAAAUAUCUCAGUGUUGUCAUUUUACUAUUAUUUUACUUCUGGGGUUAUAGCGUUGGUUGGGAAAUGUGUGCGUAUCCCCAAUGAGACCGACCCUACAUAUCAUCCCUGCACAAUCUGAUCUGCAGCAUUUAAUUUACUUGCUGUCACCCAGUGUUUGAAUAAUAUUUCUCUGACGUCUUUGUGUUUCCACCAUUUUCUCCUCUGAUUAAGAAACUCUUAAGCCUCUUAAAAGUGUGAAUACAGUCCCUGAUUUUACUGUGCAUGUGCCAGCCUUCAUUUAAUAGCCUUACCCUCAUAGGCUCCUGCAGAAGGUAUUACUGUAUGUGACAAUCACAGUACUUUGGCAAUAAUGCAUUGAUUGGAGAAACUGUGAACAAGAAGGACAUUAACUAAGGUUGCUUUCGUUAAGACAAAGUGAAUACACACUAUGUAUCAUACAUGUGUCAAAGGAAACUGAAGUGCUUGAAAUAAUUUUUCAAAGUGCAAUCUCAGGACAUGAUUCUGAAAGUGGUGCUAAUUCACAGAAACAUUUCAUUUCUUUAAAAUGUCUGUGAGAAAACAGAAUAUCAAAGCAUUCUUAAUCCUCUAUACCAGUCUGCACUUACUUUGCAAAUUUAAUUGUGCGAAUAACGGUUAUUCUGUAGCCAAUAAACAGUGUUAUGAUGGGCAUAUUAUAUUUUUUCUAAAAUAUAUGUAAUUUAUUUGAAAAUAAAUCCAAAAAUAAGUCCCUGCUAUAAUUGUACAUAUAUAACAGUAAGGCCCAGUUUUAUUUUAGUUGAUUGCUUUGGCUCAUUGCCUCAUGGUUCAUUCUGACUGUACUUUAAGUGCUCUCUUUGUUCAUGUAACAUCAGUUUUUCUUGCUGUAAUUUCAGGCUGAAUUUUCCAUAUGUAAAUGUGUAGGUAUUUCAAUCAAAUAAGGUGAUAGUCCUGUUAAUUUCAGACACCACAAGUUGGCAUUUAAUAGUAGAAAAAGGAGCUUUCUCUCAGUUAAACCAAACCCUGGUGUGUUACACAUUCAGAUUUUCUCUAUUAAAAUUUAAUUACAUUAUGAGAAUUUGUGCCAUCAUGAACAUUUAUACAAAAGUAUAAGAAAUUUACCAUUUUUUAUUUAAUUGCAUUAUAGUUACAAUGCUUUUAUGCAUCCAUUUUAUUUACCAUUUUUUAUUUAUUUGAUCAUUGUUACAAGUUGUGCUCAUUUUUCCAUGCUUUGCUGCUUUCCUGCUUGUUCAUCGUGGCGCCCAGAGCCUCUGUCAGAGCGGGAACAGUAAUUGACAAGCUGCCUCCUUCAAGCUGGAGGGGAGAACGCGACUGCUUUUAAAUUAAGCUCUGUAACAUUCCAGCCUCUGAGCUCCUAUCUGAUGUCUUG